UGGGUUCUGCAUUGUGUUACUUUCUCCUGAGGAAGCAUGCCGUGUAGCACGCGAAACGCAUUGAGUUAUUGUUACUGCCUCCAUUACUCCUGAACAGUGUGAAAUCGGGCAAUGACUGCAAUCAAUAUUUGAUCUGGGUUUCUAUGGGCUUUAUCCUACAUACAUCUGGCUCGUGUUCAUUUCAAAGACUGGGGGAAAGGCGUGCUGUUGGAAGAGCUAGGGGAAAGCUGUGCUGUUGAAAGAGAGCUGGGGGGGAAAGGCGUGCUAUUGGAACAGCUAGGGGAAAGCUGUGCUGUUGAAAGAGAGCUGGGGGGGAUGGACGUACUGAGGAAAGGUCUGGUGAAGGGAAGAAUGCUGGCUUAGAGGCUCGUGUUCAUUUCAAAGACUGGGGGAAAGGCGUGCUGUUGGAAGAGCUAGGGGAAAGCUGUGCUGUUGAAAGAGAGCUGGGGGGGAAAGGCGUGCUGUUGGAAGAGCUAGGGGAAAGCCCUGCUGUUGAAAAAGCUGGGACGUGCUGAGGAAAGGACUGGUGAAGGGAAGAAUGCUGGCUUAGAGGUUAUAAACUACCGAAAUGAAUUCAGCUUGUUGGACUGUGAGAGCUUGCAGUGGAAGAAGCUGGUGUCAAGGGCGAAGACAUCUUAUUGAGCAGAGAAAUGGGUUCAAAAAAGCCUCCAAGAAAUCAGAGAGAGGAGAAACUGGGGACCAUGGUGUUUCAGAGGCAAUGAAAAGCAGCUUUACAUCUCCCAUGGCAGAAGCAAUGUCCCCUGCACGUUCCUACCUCGUAAGACAACUCUAUAAGCCAUUCCUCUUCACUCUGGGGUUUUCAGGCUGCUCGUUUGGAGUUGCUGCCAUUUGGCAAUAUGAAACACUAAAAUCUCGGAUGAAGAGUUAUUUGGAUGACAUUCAGGCUGAUUGGUUGGAAAAAUUACGACCCCCAAAACAUGGAGCCUUCAGGAAGCAAGUAAAUGAGUGGUGGAAUAGUCUGAGUGAGGGCCAAAAGACAGUGUCCGGUAUAAUUGUAUUGAAUGGCUUGGUCUUCUGCCUUUGGCGAGUUCCUUCACUCCAACGGACAAUGAUUCGUUAUUUCACAUCAAACCCUGCAUCACGUUCACUCUGCCUUCCCAUGAUUUUUUCCACAUUCAGUCACUUUUCCCUGUUCCACAUGGCAGCCAAUAUGUAUGUGCUAUGGAGCUUCUCCACAAGUAUUGUUUCAAUACUCGGCAAGGAACAGUUUUUGGCUGUUUACUUGUCAGCAGGGACAGUGUCAACGUUCAUCAGUUAUGUUUCUAAGAUUGCAACAGGACGUUUUGGCCCUUCUUUGGGAGCUUCUGGCGCAAUUAUGACCAUCCUUGCUGCAGUAUGCACCAAAAUGCCUGAAGCCAAACUCGCCAUUAUAUUCCUACCCAUGUUUACAUUUACUGCUGGAAAUGCUCUCAAAGCUAUCAUGGCUAUUGAUGCAGCUGGUUUAAUCAUGGGAUGGAGAUUUUUUGAUCAUGCAGCACAUCUUGGUGGGGCUCUUUUUGGAAUAUGGUACGCUUUGUAUGGCAAUGAGCUUAUCUGGAGGAAGAGGGAACCACUUGUGAAAAUGUGGCAUGAAUUUCGGAAUGGUCCUCCAAGGAGUGGAGCACCCUGAUGUCUAUAAAAGUUAAUUUAAGACUAUAAUAUGCAGCUUUAAUUUUGGAAAGGAUGGGGAUUUUAAUUAAAAAGAAAAAACACUGGACACUCUGCAUGUGAUGUAUUAUGUUGUACUUAUUUCACAUAACUGUUGUUCCAUCACUGUAAGUUAUGGAAAUUCUUUUACAUUAGAUACAUCAGCCAUUCACUAAAUCAUAGUGGCAUAUAACAUAAGACAUCUCUUUAAAAUACAAGUGUUUACUAGUUAACAGGUUACCCUUGGUUAGGGUCCCCUCAUUUGCAUCAUACACCAUUUAUUUUGAGAACAGCAACCAAAGCUCCAUGCCAUUAUUUAAUACAAUACUUAUGGUAAGGAAUGUUGCAUUUGGCUUUUUAUGUGCCUAUGUAUUCCAGUUUUUUUAAAAGCACCAAUUUUCACACAAAAAAUCCAUGUAGAGACAGAGUACUGAGAUGGUGAUAGUGAAAGCUAACUAAAAAAAAAUUCUAGAGAAUGUUUCACUGAUUAUAGUUAGUUUGUUUACAUGAGAGAAUUUUUAAGUUCCCCUUUAAACUCCAAAAAUGUGGCCCAGAUCUGAUGAUCAUACAAUACACAACAAUUUCUCCAUGGUAAGGCAACAGCAUAAGCUUGAAGCAGUAGGUGGCAGAUACUAAGCAAGGGUGAAAGUCUAAAGUUCACUUUAUAAUUAACUUUAGGCUUAGCACAGUGGCAUCUUCAAAGGUGUCAGUGAGAGGUAAUAUUUGUUUUGUUUUCUUAUGCAGCUUUAGUUUGGAAUUAAAAUUAGUAAAUGGUUUCUGGGCUCACUGAAUCUAGAAACCAGGUAGUUGAAUUAAAGAAUAAUAGGAAAGUUGUGACAAAAAUAAAAAAUGUAUAACUGUACAAUACAGUCAAUCUGCUGUCUGCUUGGCCAGGUAACUUGCUUGAGUGAUGGAAGUAGAGACAAUUAAAACACAAAAAAAAUUAGCCACUGCAAAGUGUAAUGUGCUAUAACUUGACUUCUCCACUUUAGGAUUUCAGUUCAGAAACCUUAAACUUUAUUGCAUAAUUCAUGUGUUUUGUUGUCUUUUUUUCAAGCUCCCUUUCUGCUUUCUAUGGUCUGAACCAGUAUAACAGGUGUGAAACCUGAUACUUUCAACCUGUUACAGCUUUAUUUUGCUAACAUAUGCCUCAUGCACAAUACAAUAUCGCUUAUAAGUCCAGCAUUUUACAAAUCUAACCAUCCAUAUCUGAUCGCAUAUGGUACAUAAACAUAAGAUACUUGUGGUACAUCUGUAGGACCAUUUCUUAGUACUGGAUAUCUUAAUUGUAAUUCUAAUUUAAUGAGUACCUGACUUUCUGCUUUGUAAAAUAAAUAUUUUUGAUGGCA